AAAAAUUACAAAAUAGCGUUAUAAAAUGGAUAAAAAAGUUAUUGAUGAUUUUGAAAGAGAAAGAGAUGUUUUAAUUAAGGAACUUGAUUAUCAACGGGAGUUAUCAAGAUCAAAUUUUUUAAUCUUCAAGCAGAAAAUUAUUUCUACUGGAGAAUUGUUAGCAGAGUUUCAAAGGAAAUGUCAAGAACUAGAGACACAAAAAAAGAAUACAAAUGAACUAAAAUUAAAGCUUGAAAUAUGUUAUGGUGAAACUGGUUCUCUUCGAAUUCAACUGGAAAAAGCUCUUCAAGCCAAUGAACCUUUAAAAAAGACACUUCGUCGUUUUGAAAAUGAAAAAGCGCAAUUAGAAUCUGAGGUUCAGCAGCUCAAAAAUGUUCUCAAAAGUAAAGAAGCAGAAAUUAUUGAACUAAAAAAAGUUAGUUACUCAUCUCAAAUGGUACAAGAUACAUUGAAGAAAACCAAAUGUGAAACUGAGAAAGAACAUGAGCGUGACAAAAAAAAGGUAUUAAAUCAAGCCAAGCUUCUUGAUCAACUCAAUAAAAAAUUACAAGAUCUUCGAGCAAAAAGCAAAGAAGAUGUUCGCCUUUUAAGACAACUCGAAAGAGAAAAUGCUAAACUAAAAGAAAAAAAUAUUUUAAAAGAUAACAACCAGACAAAUAGUAAUCCCAAAAAAUCUAGUAAAAAGAAGUCCAACCAAGGCAAAGCUAGUCGCUCUUCUCCAAGUGGAGUUUUGUCUCCUUCUCCACCACAUUCUCCAUCAAGUGUAGGACAUUUAAAGUAUCGAGGAAAACGUAAAGUUACCAAAUCUAAAAGUCCAAUCCCAUAUGACGAUAAAGAUUUAAGAAGCCCAAUGUCAAGCUGUGCAACAUCAUCUGGUAGUUCAACAGAUAGUGAUUCUGAAGCACUAGAUGGUUUUGAAUUACAACAGUUACUUGAGCAUACAAAUAAACUAAUGCCAGAUAUUCAUAAGACUUUUUAUCCAGUGCUUUCACCUAUUCCAGCCUCUCCCAAGUCUAAACAUAAAGAACAAUCUGCCUCGUCUCCUGCGGUCAGUUCUAAAGAUUUAAAUGAAGCCACUGAUUUUAUGAAAAAUAUAAAUAAUGUUGAUGGUUUAUUAACUGAUGUAAAUGACGACAGGGAUUCUCCAAAAGUUUUUACUGAUCAGAAUGACCAAAUUAAAAAUGAAUGUAAUUCCAAUGUUUUUACCAUAGAGGAAGCUGAUGAUAAUUCUUUGAAUGGAUGUAGCAAUAAUGUUUUGAAUGAAACUGACAAUAAUUCUUUGGAUGGAACUGAUGAUAAAGCUUUGAAUGAAACUGAAGAUAAUGCUUUGGAUGGAACUAAUAAUAAUACUUUGGAUGGGACUGAUGGUAAUAUGCUGAAUGAAAAUCAUGAUAAUGCUUUGGAUGGAACUAACAGUAAUGCUUUUGGCGGAACUUAUUGUAAUGUUUUAAAUCGAACUGAUGAUUAUGUUUUAGAUGAAAAUGAUGAUAAUGCGUUAAAUGGAACUGAUAAUAAUGCUUUGAGUGGAAUUGAUAAUAUUACUUUGAGUAGAAUUUAUGAUAAUGCUUUGGGUAGAACUGAUGGUAAUCCUUUAGAUGUAGUUGAUGAUAAUGCUUUAAAUGUAGCUGAUGAUAAUGCUUUGGAUGUAGUUGAUGAUAAUGCUUUUGAUGUAGCUGAUAAUAAUGCUUUGGAUGUAACUGCUUGUAAUGCUUUGGGUGGAACUGAUGAUAAUGCUUUGGAUGUAGCUGACGAUAAUGCUUUGGGGGGAACUGAUGAUAAUGCUUUGGAUAUAGCUGAUGAUAAUGCUUUGGGUGGAACUGAUGAUAAUGCUUUAGAUGUAGCUGAUGAUAAUGCUUUGGGUGGAACUGAUGAUAAUGCUUUAGAUGUAGCUGAUGAUAAUGCUUUGGGUGGAACUGGUGAUAAUGCUUUGAGUGGAACUGAUGAUAAUGCUUUAGAUGUAGCUGAUGAUAAUGCUUUGGGUGGAACUGGUGAUAAUGCUUUUAACGGAACUGAUGAUAAUGCUCUGGAUGGAAGUAAUGGUAUUGCUUUGGACAGAACUGAUGAUAAUGCUUUUGAUGGAACUGAUAAUAAUGCUUUGGAUGGAACUGAACAUUAUGCUUGGAAUGGAACUGAUGAUAAUGCUUUGAAUGAAACUAAUGAUAAUGCUUUGGAUGCACCUGAUGAUAAUGCUUUAGAUGGAAUUGAUAAUAAUACUCUGGAUGGUGCUGGUGGUAAUGCUUUAAAUAGAACUGAUGAUAAUGCUUUAGAUGGAAUUGAUGAUAAUACUCUGGAUGGUACUGAUGGUAAUGCUUUAAAUAGAACUGAUGAUAAUGCCUUAGAUGGAAAUGAUGAUAAUACUCUGGAUGGUGCUGGUGGUAAUGCUUUAAAUAGAACUGAUGAUAAUGCUAUGGAUGAAGCGGAUAAUAAUGCUUUGAAUAGAAUUGAUGAUAAUGUUUUGGAUAGAACUAGUAAUAAUGCUAUGGAUGGAACUAAUAGUAAUGCUUCAUACAGAACUUGUGGUAAUUCUUUGGGUGGAACUGGUAGUAAUAUUUUGGAUGGAGCUGGUCGUUAUACUUUGGAUGGAACUGGUGAUAAUGCUUUGUAUAGAAGUGAUAAUAAUGCUUUCACAAAAAUUUUAGAUAGUAUCAAUGUUAAGUUAAGAUCAUUUUCUCCCCCCAUUUCUCCUAUUCCACCUUCACCUAAUAGAUCCCUUCUUACUCCCUUAAUAUCUCCAUUAUCACAAUCUACUCACCACCCAUUUCAUCUGUUAAAUCCUUUAUUGCCCAGAAACUCACAUUUUAUUCCAAUUAUAUCUCCUCUGCCACAAACUCCAUUACCUGAGUCUGUAUCACCAAUUCCUCUUUCUCCGACAAUACUAUCACCACCUCUAAUUCGAAGUUCAGCAUUGUUACAAUCUGAAAACUCAUCUAUAUUUGCUCCAAAACCCCAAUUAAUGCAACCAAUACUUAAAAACAUUAAUGAUUUAAAUGUUGAACAAUCAUUGAGUAAUAUUGCAAAAUCUAAAGUAGAGUGUGACUUUGUUGCAAAGCGUGCAUUAUUGCUCAAUGAAACAAAUGUUGCAAAGCGUGCAUUAUUGCUCAAUGAAACAAAUGUUUCAAGGCCUAAAAAUACAAAAAUUGAAAAUAGCUGUAAAAAUUUCUUAUCUUCAACAGUAUUUACUAAAGCUUCUAUAACUUCUACAACCACUUUAGUAAAGUCCAAUUUUAAUAGGAUGUCUCCUGAUAAAAAGGUUGUUAAUACAAAUAGUGUGGAAUCAGAUACCAUUGUUACUUGUGAAAAGCAAAGUCUGAAACGGAAACAUUUAUUGCAUGAAGAAAACUUAUGUAAAAAAACGAAAAUUUGUAAAAACAAUUUCACUGUAAAACACAUUUCAGAUACAUCAAAACAAUCUUCAGAACCAUUAAAACAAUCUUCAGAAGGUUUUGAUAAUUUACCGCAACUUUUAAAAAGUUUUUCUGAAAAAUCUAUAAAUAUACAACAUCUUGUUACAAUAUUGAGUGAUAAAGUAAAUAACAGUGCAGCCUCUCUUUCAAGAGCUAUAGUAAAGUUGAUUGUCUCAUGUGAAGAGUUUUUAUUACCAGUUAUCUUGAAAUUAAUUCAAACAAAUUUAUGUUCAGAAUGUGUAGAAAAACCUGAAGAGAACUGUAAAAUAUGCAAAAAACAAAAUUUUUUUGAGACUUGUAAUCCAUUAUCUAUCUUAACUCAAGUGCUUACAGAAACUGAGUAUAACCUUCUGUGUAUAUUAAAUGAACUGGUAAAGUUACCACAUAUGAAAAAACUUUAUAUUUUUCUUAAAAAGCAUAGUCGUUAUGCAGUAUUUGAAGGAAUGGGUAAAAGGUUGUCAUGUGAAAUUUUAGCAUUAUGUCGUUUGUAUGCUGUUCUAAGUCGUAUAAGUAACAAACUUGAUGACCUUAUAUAUUUUUUAUAUAUCCUUGCAUAUGACAAAGUACCUCAUACUAAUUUUGCAAUGUUUUUCAUUACUUGUUAUUCAAUAUGGCCGUCGAUUAUAUUUCAAUCAAAUCUUAUUUCCCAAAACAAAGAUAAAAGACUUGAAUAUCAUAAUGUAAAACUUUCACCUCUGUCUGGAGCUUUUCAAAUAAUAGCAUUAUAUGAAGCUGCUUUAAAAGAAGAUGCCAACUCUCUGAAAAUUCUGAAAUAUUUGUUUUCAAUAAAUGUGCGAGUAACUAUACAAUUUUUAAAAGAAUAUAUUUUUGAAUUGUUUAAUCUUCUGUGUGAACACAAAUUUUCCUUUAUGGUGAGAAACACAGAUACAAGAGAACUUAAUAUGUGUCCUUAUGCUUAUUCAACUGCCAAAGCCUUAGUUCUUGUUUGCACACGAAUUGGAUGGGAAUGGACUUAUAAUACAUUAAUACUGUCAACAAUCAUUCAAUAUUUAAUACAAGGAUUUGCUAACAAAAAUAUUCAUAUAGACAACAUUAGUAUUUUGAUUAGAUCAAUUGGUUUCUUGUGUCAGUAUGGUUAUUCUUGUGGAUACACCAAUUUUAAUGAAAUAUCAGAUUUUUUGGUAACAAUUCUUAAAACUUCGCAAAGCAUUGCAGGUUCUGUUAGCGAAAGUGUUCAAGUGGCCGCUGUAUUUGCUUUGAUGGAUAUAAUUCCGAGUCAGUCUUUUAAACUAUUGUCUCUUAUUGAAAAAUGGAUUGAAGAUACAAAAGAUUUUCCAGUACCAGCAUAUAUUGAUCAGAACAUAAGUAGAAUAAGUAAAUUAAUUAAGAAAAAUAAGUAAUUCUAUUG